AUGUCCUUCAACCCGGACCAACUCGUUCUCCCACGCCCUGGAGGGGAUGUGGCAUCACCGCAACCACCAAUUUCCGGCCCAUCUGAGGAAAUCUUCACCAAGACUUUUGGUGCACUUCUCCCACCCGCCAAGUUUCUCAACACGGCCACGGGAAAAGCUGCAUACUAUGAGUUACUUCCCUCGUCGCCCGGCGAUGAUUCAAGCACGCCUAGCCGUGUGCUUCUUAUUCAUGGCGUGCAGACCCCGGCUCUUGGCAUGCUGCCACUCGCACGGGAGCUCCAUACGUCAUUCCCAAACGCACAUCUCGUGCUUGUCGACCUCUGGGGCCACGGUCUGAGCGACACACCUAUUGUCCCACACGAAGCAGGACUAUUUCACCAAUUGCUUGAUGAUCUGCUUGACCAUUUGCAGUGGCCUUCAGCCCAUCUUGUGGGGUAUUCCUUUGGCGGAGCACUUACAGCUGGAUACGUUGCAUCGCGGCCAUCGCGAGUGCAGAGCUUCACGCUUGUUGCCCCGGCUGGCCUCCUUCGCUUCACCGAUUUCUCGGCCGAGGAGCAGGGCUACUUACGCGGCGGUGACGAAGUCGCAGCAAGGAAGUGGGUGGUCGAGUGGCUUGAAGGCGGCGAGUUGACUGUGCCCGCGGACUGGGAGAAGCGCGUUGAGAAGGGUGAGGUUGUUGCCGAAGCCGUCAGGGAGUGGCAGAUGCGCAAGCAUCCUGGGCAUACCGCUUCUGUUGUUGCCAUCGUGAGAGACGGUGGGGUUAUGGACAGGCAUGCUGAGUUUACCAAGGCGGCAGGAACUGGGAUCCCGGCUCUGGCGGUCCUAGGCGAGCUGGAUAGCUUGUGCUUUGAGCAGCAAUUGAGCGAUCAUGGCUUUUCUAAUGUGAUUGUGGUCCCGCAGGUCGGACAUGGUGUUGUGAGGGAACGAGCGAGAGAGGUAGGAGUAGAAGUAGCCUGGGCGGCUGAGCCGCCGGUCUGA